AUGGCCGACAGCAGCAGCCCCCCGCUGACGUCCUACAUCAUGGACGAGGAGACGCUGAAGAGGAAGCAGAAGGAGAAGCUGAAGAAGCUGAUGGCUACAGGAGGAAACCCCAGACCUGCUCGCUCCCUGCUCUUCCUGACCCUGAGGAACCCCUUCAGGAAGGCCUGCAUCAGCAUCGUGGAGUGGAAACCUUUUGAAAUCAUCAUCCUGUUAGCCAUCUUUGCUAACUGUGUUGCUCUGGCUGUUUAUCUACCGAUGCCUGAAGAAGACAGCAACAACACCAACAGUAACCUGGAGAGUCUUGAGUACAUCUUCCUCAUCAUCUUUUCCAUCGAGUGUUUCCUGAAGAUCGUUGCAUACGGAUUUCUGUUUCAUGCAGAUGCUUAUCUGAGAAACUGCUGGAACAUUCUGGACUUCGUUUGUGUCUCUGUGGGCUUGUUCAAGGCUCUGAGAGCGUUCCGAGUGCUUCGACCGCUUCGACUGGUGUCUGGCGUUCCCAGUCUGCAGGUGGUGAUGAACUCCAUCCUCAAGUCCAUGCUCCCACUGUUCCACAUCACACUGCUGGUCCUCUUCAUGGUCACCAUCUACUCCAUCAUGGGCCUGGAGCUCUUCAAGUGCAAGAUGCACAAGACAUGCUACCACAUAGGGACAGAUAUAAUCGCCACAGUGGAGAAUGAGAAGCCGUCUCCGUGCGCUCAGGCAGGAAACGGUCGACGCUGUACGAUUAACGGUACGGAGUGCAGGGCAGGUUGGCCCGGUCCAAACAACGGCAUCACACACUUUGAUAACCUGGGCUUCUCCAUGCUGACGGUCUACCAGUGCAUCACCACGCAGGGCUGGACCGACGUCCUCUACUGGGUGAACGACGCCAUCGGUAUGGAGUGGCCCUGGAUCUAUUUCACCACGCUCAUCCUGGUCGGAUCUUUCUUUGUCCUAAAUCUGGUUCUGGGUGUUCUCAGUGGAGAGUUUACGAAGGAGCGUGAGAAGGCGAAGUCUCGUGGAGAGUUCCAGAAGCUGAGGGAGACUCAGCAGCUGGAUGAAGAUCUGAAGGGUUACAUGGAGUGGAUCACACAGGCCGAAGUGAUCGACAACGACCAGGAAGGCCAGGGGCUCCUGGACACAGAAAACGGCGGCUCUGAGACUGGAAGUGUCAGUAAGAUGGACACCAUGCAGCUCAUUGUUCAUUAUUAUAAACUGGCUCGUAAGUGGAACCGCUGGCUACGACGCCGAUGUCUGGUUUACGUGAAGUCCAGACUUUUCUACUGGUGGGUCAUCAUGCUCGUCUUCUUCAACACACUCGCCAUCGCCACCGAGCAUCACCAACAGACAGAGAGACUGACACGGUGGCAAGAUAACGCCAACAAGCUCCUCCUGUCCAUGUUUGCCUUGGAGAUGCUGAUGAAGAUGUACGCUCUGGGUCUGCCCUCCUACUUCAUGUCUCUCUUUAAUCGAUUCGAUUGCUUCGUGGUCUCGACUGGGAUCAUGGAGCUGAUCCUGGUCCACAUGGGGGUCAUGUCUGUGAUGGGGAUCUCCGUGCUGCGCUGCAUCCGCCUGCUGCGCCUGCUCAAAGUCACACGGUACUGGACGUCUCUCAGUAAUCUGGUGGCUUCUCUCCUGAACUCAGUCCGCUCCAUCGCCUGUCUGCUGCUGCUCCUCUUCCUCUUCAUCGUCAUCUUCUCUCUGCUCGGGAUGCAGGUGUUUGGAGGGAAGUUCAACUUUCCUGACCGGCCAAAACCACGGAGUACCUUCGACAGCUUCCCUCAAGCCCUCAUUACAGUCUUCCAGAUCCUGACGGGUGAGGACUGGAACGCCGUCAUGUACGAUGGUAUCAUGGCUCACGGUGGACCGAGCAUGCCCGGCAUCCUGGUCAGCAUCUACUUCAUCAUCCUGUUUGUCUGCGGCAACUUCAUCCUCCUGAAUGUGUUUCUGGCCAUCGCCGUUGAUAAUCUGGCUGAAGCUGAGUCUCUGACGUUGGCUCAGAAAGAGAAAGCUGAGGAGAAGAAACGCAAGAAAGCUCUCAGAGCCAACAUGCCUGAAAAAACCUCAGAGGAGAAAGCUAACCUAGCUAAGAAGUUAGCCGAGCAGAGAGCUAAAGGAGUGGAGGGAAUACCGACGACUGCCAAGCUGAAAAUUGACGAGUUUGAGUCCAACGUUAACGAGAUCAAGGAUCCAUUUCCUCCAGCUGACUUUCCUGGUGAUGAUGAGGAGGAGGACCCUGAGAUCCCAGAGAGUCCCCGUCCUCGUCCCAUGGCCGACCUGCAGUUGAAGGAGGAGGCCGUUCCAAUGCCUGAGGCCAGCUCGUUUUUUAUCUUUGGACCACAGAACAAGUUCAGGAAGCUUUGCCAUCGGAUCAUCAAUGCCACCACCUUCACCAACAUCAUCCUCCUCUUCAUCCUCCUGUCCUCCAUCUCUCUGGCUGCUGAGGACCCCAUCGACCCAAUGUCCUUCAGGAACAAGGUGUUGGCGUAUGCUGAUAUCGUCUUUACUUCAGUGUUCACAGCUGAGAUUGUUCUAAAGAUGACCACGUACGGAGCAAUCCUCCAUAAAGGAUCCUUCUGCAGAAACUCCUUCAACAUCCUGGACCUGCUGGUGGUCAGCGUGUCCCUGCUGUCUAUGGGCAUGGAGUCCAGUGCGAUCUCUGUGGUGAAGAUUCUCAGAGUGCUGAGGGUCCUGAGGCCCCUGAGGGCCAUCAACAGAGCCAAGGGACUGAAGCACGUGGUUCAGUGUGUGUUCGUGGCGGUGAAGACCAUCGGAAACAUCGUUCUGGUCACCAUGCUGCUGGACUUCAUGUUCGCCUGUAUCGGAGUUCAGCUCUUCAAGGGGAAGUUUUACUCGUGCACAGAUCCUGACCAGAUGACUGAGGAGACUUGCAGAGGCUGGUUCAUCAGGUACCAGGAGGGGGCGCUGCAUGAGAUGGAGCUCCAUCAGAGACGCUGGACCAACUCUGAGCUCAACUUUGACAACAUCCUCAAUGGCAUGCUUGCUCUCUUCACAGUCUCCACCUUUGAGGGCUGGCCCAGAAUCCUGUAUAAAGCCAUCGACUCCAACAUGGAGGACCAGGGUCCGGUCUAUAACAACCGCGUGGCCAUCUCCAUCUUCUUCAUCAUCUACCUCAUCCUUAUCGCCUUCUUUAUGAUGAACAUCUUCGUCGGCUUCGUCAUCGUCACCUUCCAGGAGCAAGGAGAGCAGGAGUACAAGAACUGUGAGCUGGACAAGAACCAGCGUCAGUGUGUCCAGUACGCCCUGAAGGCUCGCCCCCUCAGGUGUUACAUCCCAAAGAAUCCGUACCAGUACCAGGUGUGGUACAUCGUCACUUCCUGUUACUUUGAGUACCUGAUGUUCCUGCUCAUCAUGCUCAACACCAUGUGUCUGGGGAUGCAGCACUGUAACAAGUCAGAUCAUGUGACUCACCUGUCGGACAUGUUGAAUGUGAUCUUCACCGUCCUCUUCACGGUGGAGAUGAUCCUUAAACUCAUGGCCUUCAAGGCAAAGGGUUACUUUGGAGACCCGUGGAACGUGUUUGACUUCGUCAUCGUCAUCGGCAGCGUGGUGGACGUCAUCCUGAGUGAGAUCGAUGCAGCUCUGGCGUCCUCUGGUGGACUUUACUGUCUUCAUGGCUGUGCUGCUGUGGACCCCAUGCAGGCCAUCGCUUCCUCAGAGAACAUGAGCGUGUCUGUGACGUUCUUCAGGCUGUUCCGUGUGAUGAGAUUGGUGAAACUAUUGAAUCGAUCUGAAGGGAUCCGGAAUCUUCUGUGGACCUUCAUCAAGUCUCUGCAGGCUCUUCCCUAUGUGGCCCUCCUCAUCCUUAUGUUGUUCUUCAUCUUUGCUGUGGUUGGGAUGCAGAUUUUUGGUAAAAUCGCGUUAGUUGACGGGACGUACAUCAACAGAAACAACAACUUUCAGACGUUCCCACAGGCAGUUUUGCUGCUGUUCAGGUGUGCCACAGGUGAGGCGUGGCAUGAGGUCAUGUUGGCGUGUAUGUAUGGCAAGAAGUGUGACCCAAAAUCGGACUACCUGCCUGGAGAGGAGAACACCUGUGGAUCCAACUUUGCCAUCAUCUACUUCAUGAGCUUCUACAUGCUGUGUGCUUUUCUGAUCAUAAACCUGUUUGUGGCCGUCAUCAUGGAUAACUUUGACUACCUGACCCGUGAUUGGUCAAUCCUGGGCCCGCAGCACUUGGAUGAGUUUAAGAAGAUCUGGGCUGAGUACGACCCUGAGGCCACGGGGCGUAUUAAACACUUGGAUGUGGUGACUCUCCUGCGGAGGAUUCCUCCUCCUCUGGGUUUUGGGAAGUUUUGUCCUCACAGAAUCGCCUGUAAGAGGCUGGUCUCCAUGAACAUGCCUCUGAACAGUGACGGGACAGUCACCUUCAAUGCCACGCUGUUCGCUUUGGUCAGAACGGCCCUGAAGAUAAAGACUGAAGGAAACUUUGAACAGGCUAAUGAGGAACUGAGAGGGAUCAUCAAGAAGAUCUGGAAACGGACCAGCAUGAAGCUCCUGGACCAGGUCAUCCCACCAAUUGGAGAUGAUGAGGUGACGGUGGGGAAGUUCUACGCCACCUUCCUGAUCCAGGAUUAUUUCAGGAAACUGAAGAAGAGACAGGAGGAAUAUUACGGCUGCAGGUCCGCCAAGAAAAACGCCACUAAUGAGAUCCAGGCCGGUCUGAGGAACAUCGAGGAGGAAACGGCUCCUGAACUUCACAGAUCGAUCUCUGGAGACCUGGUCACCGAGGAGGAGAUGGAGCGAGCCAUUGAGGAGGCCACCGACACGAUCUUUAGGAGGCAGGGCAGUCUGUUUGGGAACUCUGAGCCGUUCACUGGAGACACCAACCAGAGGCCCCUGCAGAUGAACGAGGGAAACCCCAACAACACAGCACACCAGGACAGGUACGACAGUGGGAUAUAG